GUGCGUGAGUAAAUCUUGUGAUUUUCGAGCCUGGCUUUGAAUUAACGCAGAUAAACAACGCGGAUUCUCUCCAGUGUGUUGUUGUUUUCUGUGUUUAUCACCGGGAGUCUGAGAAAACAGGAAACAGGAUGAACUAUUUCACCAGACUCAGAGUUAGGAGAGUUUACAAGUGGCGCGGGGAGCCGCUGCGUUUCAAUAGGAAGUUAAAGACCUGCGACUAUGGCUCUUUGGCCAUCAGUGUGGAGGGUCUCCCGAGAGUCACCGUGAUCAGCGCCGGCCAACACAUUCUCAUAGAGGGCGAGGACGAAGACAACCCGUACGUGGCCCGAGUCGUCAGGCUGUUCGGAGACGAGAGUGGGAAGCAGAAAAAGGCGAUGGUUCAGUGGUUCGUCCGUGUGUCUGAAGUGCCUCCGAGCAAGCUGAAGUUGCUGGGCAGAGAGCCUCACCCGCAGGAGAUCUUCUACUAUCAGGGUCGCAGCUGUGACGACGAGGUCAAUGCCGAGUCCAUCCUCAGACCUGUGCAGGUGAAACACCUGGAUGGAGCGGCCCCGUUCCCCGACUCUAACGAGAAAGACACUCUGUAUGUGAAGCUUUCCUGGGACUCUAAGAGCUUCAGGUCAGUGGACUCUGCUGUGGUGGAGUCGACCUCUGAACCUCCUCCAGCCUCAUCUCGUCCACCUCCUCCUUCCCGUCCCAAACUGUCCCUCCCCCCCUCGCCCCCAUGCUCCCCGCCUGCAGCAGCUCCGGCGUCUCGAGGCAUCUCCCGACGCGCCCUGCCCACGCCGGACCCCGCCAUCUUGCGCAGGGCCACUUCAGGGGAAGUGAGGUACUGCAGGGCGACCAUGAGUGCCGGUAAAGCCGGCGUUGCCGCGGAGGCCGAGUCCCUGCACUCGGCCACCAAACUGUCGGCCUCCAAAUGUCUGAGUGCCAAGAGGAGGAACGCCUCGGCCAGGACGCCCGGCGUCCGCAAGAAACUGGAGCUCAGCAGUCCAGAGAAGAUGACCCCAGAGGACGUCCUGGACCAGCUGCUGGACGAGGAGCUGGAGUCGGAGGUGAUGUUGGCGCAAAGGCUGUCGUCCUCUCCUCCUCAAGCCCUGCCCCUCACCCACCGCCUCACCCCCCUCAGGAAGGCCCACAGAGCCCCCGGCCCUCAGCAGGACGCUGCCCGCCUGAAGCCCUCCAUCGUCCUGAACAGAGUGUCUCCCCCUGAGAUCAGCGGUGCUGCGUCGUCUGUCAGAGACGACUCCACCAGUCCUCAGCAGGGUGAUGAGAUGGAGGCGGAGUUACCAACCGGCUCAGUUAAAACGCCGAGAAGAAGAAACGCCACCCCGAGGAGAAAGCAGUGAGUCAGAGGCUGCGGAGCGACGACCCCCUCCAGGAAGAAAGACCUGAAGACCCUGAGGGAACCGGCUCUGGGGGUUCUGGCCGAGGUGGACAAUGAAAACUCUCCCAUGCUGCCGGGAGCCGCCACACCCAGGAGCUCCAAAAGGAAGUCGGCCCAGCUGGUGUCGUCACGUAUCAGGAAGCAGCUGAAUCUUCUGGACAACCAGCAGGACCUGAACUCAGACGGAGACGACGGAGACGAGUUUGUUCCAUCGAAGAAGGAGCUGCAGAGCAGCAGCGAGGAGGAGGGAGAUGGCUGUGAAGAGGAGGCAGGGCUGGACAGUGACGAGGAAGUGGUAGCAAAGAGGAUCCGACAUGCUGCAGCAGGAUCUCGCACUCCUCGCUCGAAGCAGAGAACUCGCUCUUCCACCAGGACGCCGCAGAAAACUCCCAGCAGGAAGAGCGCACCCGGCACGCCGCGGACUCCCCGGCACGCAACUCCCAGCAUUCCCAGCAGGUCACUGCCGGCCCGACAGCCCGCUAACGUCCUGGAGGAGGCCAGAGCGAGGCUGCACGUGUCCUCGGUGCCAGAGUCCCUCCCCUGCAGGGAGCAGGAGUUUCAGGACAUCUACAGCUUUGUGGAGAGCAAGAUCAUCGAUGGCACUGGAGGGUGUAUGUACAUCUCAGGUGUGCCGGGCACAGGGAAGACGGCCACAGUCCACGAGGUGAUACGCUGUCUGCAGCACGCGGCCGACGUGGACGAGAUCCCUCCUUUCCACUUCAUCGAGAUCAACGGGAUGAAGAUGACAGAUCCUCAUCAGGCCUACAUCCAGAUCCUGCAGAAGCUGACGGGUCAGAAGGCCACAGCCGACCACGCGGCAGCUCUGCUGGAGAAGAAGUUUAGCAACCCUGCACCCAGGAAGGAAACCACAGUGCUGCUGGUGGAUGAACUCGAUCUGUUGUGGACGAGGAAGCAGAACGUCAUGUACAACCUGUUCGACUGGCCCACGCGGCGCCACGCCCGCCUGGUGGUACUGACCAUCGCCAACACCAUGGACCUGCCGGAGAGGAUCAUGAUCAACAGGGUGGCCAGCAGACUGGGUCUCACCAGGAUGUCGUUCCAGCCGUACAGCUUCAAGCAGCUGCAGCAGAUCAUCACGUCCAGGCUGAACAAGGUGAAGGCCUUCGAGGAGGACGCUCUGCAGCUGGUGUCCAGGAAGGUGGCCGCUCUGUCAGGCGACGCUCGUCGGUGUUUGGACAUCUGUCGCAGGGCAACGGAGAUCUGUGAGCACUCUGUCGCCGACCCUUCUGCCACAGGAUUGGUGGGAAUGAGUCACGUGAUGGAGGCGCUGAAUGAGAUGUUUUCCUCCGCCUAUGUCAACGCCAUCAAGUGUGCGUCGGUGCAGGAGCAGCUCUUCCUUCGGGCGGUCAUCGCUGAGUUUCGGCGGCUGGGAUUGGAGGAGGCCACCUUCCAACAGGUGUUUGUACAGCACCAGGCUCUGUGUCGGGUGGAGGGCCUGCAGCCCGUCAGCGUGUCGGAGGGCCUGGCGGUGUGUCGGCGUCUCGGCGCCUGCAGGCUGCUGCUGCUGGAGCCCAGCCGCCUGGGAGUCCUGCAGCGCGUCCGCCUCAAUGUCAGCCAGGACGACGUGCUCUACGCCCUGAAGGCAGACUGAAGGCGGGUCCUCUUCAGACUCGUUUAUGUAAGGAAUGUAAGCCAAGUCUUGUGGGACAACAGCUUUGUGCUGCCGAAGCGCAGUGUCUUUGAUUUUUAAUUAGGAAGAAGGUGAGACUCACUGGGUCAGCACUCUCAUUUUAGGAUGCUGUGAAUCAGCACAAGUAAACUAAUUUUAUUGCAGUUAGACUUAUUGUUGUUUACAUGUGAUAUCAUUUUAUUUCUUAACAAAUCAGGCUGUUUGCCUUGAUUUGUUGUUUUUUGUUUGUUUUUUUUAGAUGGGAGAGUUUGUCAUGUCCCCGGUUUAAACCUUAUUUAAAAUGUGAGAUUUUGCUCCUUCGUAUUUUUAUUCAUAUUAUAUAGUG